CACUAGUUACACUCCCUGUCCUCUCCCUCCUCCCCACUGCUCAUUCUCCAGGUUGUCGGUGGGAUGCUCUCAGCAGCACAGCUGAGUCUGUGCUUUGCGCUGGGCUCGGAUACUGCAUUCAGAAUGAGGCGCCUCCUGCAAUUACCUUGCGUUGCCUCGCUUCAACAAAAGAGAGAAAAACAAAUGGAAUCUCCUCAGUGAUUCGUUCACGUCCUCUGCGUUGCUUUUCUAAAACGCGGUGUAAGUCUCUUUCUGACAGCAGCAGCUUCAGUAAGGGCUCAGGGAAACCAGAUACAGAGCAUUGCAAACACUCUCCCUGCGUCUGCAAACAGGUGUUUCCAUCCUUUAGCUGCGCACUGAGGUUCAUUCACGACUCUCUGCCUACCCGAAUACCAUGUGAGCGGCCAUGUAGCCUGCAUGCAACGUGCGGUGGUGAAAGUGUUUGUACAGCUUCACGGUGGAACGUGUGUUUUUUUUAAUUUUUUUUUUAACGUUUACUUUUUUUCUCGGAGAUACAACGGACAAUUCCUGAAUAACGCCCAAAUUCACGAAUAAUUAUUCAUUUGGACAUUAUCUAACCGGCUUUACCGCACUACUGGGACCAUUUUAUUCUUUAUAGUCCACGAAAAUUAUUUGUUAUUUAACAAAUCGGUGUAAGUGCCGCAGAUUGUUACCACUGCGCCUGGACGUUUUCCUUCAAAAUCCAGUUUUCUGAAUUCAAAGGGGUUGAUUAUUUUCACGCUUCUCUGGAAGUUUUUUCCAGUGCGCUGCCAAACUGGCCAUGGCUGCAGCGAUUGCCAGCUCCCUCAUAAGGCAGAAAAGGCAGGCGAGGGAGCGGGAGAAGAAUAAUGCCUGCCGCUGCGUUAGCAGCCCCAGUAAAACCAAAGGAAGCUGUGAAAAACCCAGUCGACUAAACGUUUUCUCCCGGGUCAAACUCUUUGGCUCCAAGAAGAGGCGAAGGAGGCGACCAGAGCCCCAGCUGAAGGGGAUUGUGACAAAGCUGUACAGUCGACAAGGUUUCCACCUGCAGCUGCAGGCAGAUGGAACCAUUGAUGGAACGAAGGAGGAGGACAAUGGUUACACCACAUUCAACCUUAUUCCAGUGGGGCUGCGAGUGGUGGCCAUCCAAGGGGUGCAGACCAAACUUUAUCUGGCUAUGAACUGUGAGGGCUACCUGUACACAUCAGAACACUUUACGCCAGAGUGCAAAUUCAAGGAGUCGGUGUUCGAGAACUAUUAUGUGACAUACUCCUCCAUGACAUACCGACAGCAGCAGUCGGGCAGGGGCUGGUACCUCGGUCUGAACAAGGAAGGAGAAAUCAUGAAGGGGAACCAUGUCAAGAAGAACAAGCCAGCAGCCCACUUCCUUCCCAAACCUCUAAAAGUGGCAAUGUACAGAGAGCCAUCCCUCCAUGACUUGACAGAGUUCUCCCGCUCCGGCAGUGGCACACCCACCAAGAGUCGGAGUGCCUCGGCUGUGCUCAACGGAGGAAAAGCCGUGAGCCAGAAUGAGUCGACGUAGCCCGGUAGCCGAACCCAGGCCUGGGGCCGAACCAUGAAACCUUACCUCCAGCAGAGCGUGAAUCCAAGCAGACUUCUCUCAUCAAUCAGCGGUUCAGGACUAGCUACGACAACAAACCACACACAAACACCCAGAUACCAUCAAUAAAAAACAGUUAGGUACCAGCCUGGUCAAUCAUCAUCAAAACAGCAUCGAUAGUAAGAUACUUAACGGCACAUAAACCAUUCUGGACUUAAAAAACUAAAUGAAAGUUUUGUUUUGGGCUUGAGAUUUAUCUAUUACCUUGAUCACUCUCUUUUGGUGAUGAUCGCGUACCAGUUAGCUCAUCUUUAUCUUAUUUUAUUUUUAUUAAUUUCUUGUGGACAAUAACUUUUCUUAGGUCAUGUAGACACCAAGCACUCAUCCAUCUGUCAGACAGGGACAGGAAGUUAGACGUGUAGGUAUUCAGGGCAGCCAGUACUGGUGCUGGUCUACAAGGCUGCAGUGGUACAGUACAAGCCCUGGUCUCUUUCUCAUCCAUGCUUCUGUGAAUACAAAGCCUAUAAACUCCCUGGUGUGGCACAGCCUAGUGCUGCUGGGACUGUGGCCAGCCAGAUGGUAGCUCUCCUGCGUCCUAGUGCACACGCUCAGAGACUGAGCUCUCUAGCAUGGGAAAAUGAAGCCUAUGUUCAGCUGACCUGAAAUAUAAGGGACAGUGGGGCUCUCUUGCAGUUUUUGUUUCCUUUCAGAAAUGCCACAGCUGCACCUUGGUUUUUGCUAAUUUUCUGAAUUAGCUGAGAGCUUUUUAUUUGAUAACUGGUUUUGUUUUGGUCCCCUCUUGUUCUCUUCCCUUACCAUUGUUCAGUAUUUGUAUUUUUGUUGCUGUUUCAUCAUUGAAAGGGGUUCCAGCAAACCAAAGACAGAACGAAAGAGUGUCCCUUUAAGCCGCUGAAAACCAAGCCAGUAUAAAGGCAAAGCUGGAAUUUUUCUUUCAAUGCACAUUUUUGAUGAAAGAAAGCAAAGAUUUUGUGGGGGGGAGGAAAAAUGGAGAAAGGAAGUGAUUUUAAACACUUUGAAGUUGGCAGCGUGCUUGAUGUUGUGCUUUUUGCUGAUAUGCUCGAUGAUCGAGUCAUGAAACGACUAGUCUGUCCCCAUUCCCUUCUCUUACCACUGUGUCACAAUGUUCAUCUCUUGUCCUCGUGAUCCGUUUCCUCUCUCUGUGCUUGUGUCAUACUUUGAUCCCCCUACCAUCCUUUUCUGUCGACUUCUAUUGACUGAUACAGUUUGCCAUAGGAAUAUGGUGCAAGCCCUUUCCCAGGAUGCUUGUUAUGUGUUUGAGUAACUUAUUGUGGUGACAAUAUUUUCUAUAUUUAAAAAAGAAUACUGUGGAAUUUUAGGUGGCUAAACAUUUUAUAGGACACGUCAUAUUUGUAAAAGUGAAAAAAAAGAGAAAAUAUAUACAAAAAUGAACAUCUUCCCUUUCUUGCACAGGGCAUGUACAAACACAAUUAUGUACAAAAAGGACCCUUUUUGUGGGCUAGGUACUCUUCCCUUCAGCUACAUAACUUCUUUCUGGUACAUGCUUCUGGGAGGCUGUAUUAGGUGAAUCUAUCUGUUGCAUGGGAGAAAGCAGGGAAAUUCUGGUCUAGAGCUGCAUGAUGUAGGCUAUGUGUAUUAACCCAUGUUGGAUCAUGUGUUCCAAACUACCAGGCUAAAUCUGAUAAAACAACAUUUACAGGCAGACAUUGUGGCUGCCUGAUAACUUCCAGUUGUUUAUUAUUUGUUGUAUACACAAAAAUGCACUGAAUAAAAUGUUUAUAUUAAGAUUUA